GUUUUUUGGUGCUGGAACCAUGCUGGAAUUGACGGGAAAGCGCUCUAAAGGGGCGCCGCAUAUAUGUCGGCGAGCGUCGGCACGAUGAAGUCCAUACUACAUAAUUUAGUUUCCCUAACUUGUAAAUAAGUACAAACUUGACAUUGGCUUAUCUUUGUAAAGCCAGACGAGAGCAAAAAAAAACUGUCUUCAACUGUGUCAAGUAUCAAUUCUUAUCUAUUUCUAAUUUCUAUUGCGUUGCCCCCCAAAGAGUAUAUUUACACUACCUACGUUCUAAACGUAAAAGAUGCCCCCUAAAGAUGCGUUGCCCGGUGCCCCAUUUAUUCGGAUUCGUGGUCUGUGCAUUUAUGUUUUUAUUAUUGUUGUGAUUUGAGCGGUUAUUUUGUUGUUGAAUUUCUUAAUUUCCACUAAUAAAACUCUUGCUUUUAAACUUAUUAAACUAUCGAAAGGGACAAUUUUAUGUAUAUAAUAGUUUAAAUGCAUUUAUAACUGCGUUAAUCGUAUAAAUAGCGUUAUUUCUGAACAUAACCUACACGAAGUUAUUGAUGCCGAUUUAAAAGCCCAAUAUAUUAUUUCAUACUUAUGUUUUAAUAAAGAAUGGGUGUCACAGUUUUGCAGCAGUAUCCAGUACCAGAGAACAAGACUGGCAAGCGGCUGCUAGCGCUGGGGGCAACUCAACAGGGACAGUUCCUAGUCGACUGUGAAAGUUAUCUAUCGCUCCCUCAAAUGGGUCCAACAAAAACAGUGCAUGUUUUACACAAUUCUGAACAGCCAGCAUCCGUAUUCUCAAUACUAGAGAGUGGUUCAAAGAACAUCCAUGUGGUCGCAGACAGCCUGUUUGACCUGCUCAUGAUGAAGUUGAGCAACAUCUACACAUCUAAGAAACAGACUAAGAUGGAGAGUAAGGGCACCAGGUUUGAGCUGGGUGACUUCUGUGUUAAAUUUGGCUCUUUGCCCUUCAAUAAAAAAAUUUGUGUAGUCCACGCGGACGAAAUUGCGGCCAUAAGCUAGUUUCGUAUAUUUUUGAGAAUCGAAUUGAAUUUCGAAUUUGUGUAACUCUUGUUCAAUUUAUUAUUAAAACAUAAGUAUAUUAUGUUAAAAAUUUAAUUAUGAACAACAAAUUAAAAAUAGACUAUAUAAAAUA